AUGGCAUCCUUCCCUGCGCAGCCUUCCUACCCUUCAAACAUCCAGUUGCCACGCACCCUUCAGCGUCCUCCCUAUGCUGAGGUGCCGCGGCAGAACGUCCUGGCCGUCGCCCCUGAACUCGGAGACGUUGCCAUCGAGUAUGUCCGUCGCGGCCUGCGCGUUCAGGCUAAUCAGAUGUUGGCUGGGAUCUCAGCGCUGUCCCCAUCGCACCUGCCACCUGCGAUGCCGCGCUCGCAGCUGUAUCACACCACAUCGCUCACCAUCCCUUUCCGCGCAACACAACACGCGAUAUCCUGUCCCACCCACAUCCUUGCGCUCUCCAAGCCCUCCUCAAACGACGCCACGGUCACGCUGGUCCCAACACACGCCGUGGUGCUCGCGUCCCAAUGCGCAUCUCUGCCGCGUUUGCCCCCCUCCUACGUUCCUACCCAGCCUGGCGCCACCGUUAGCGUGACACUCCCCGUACUCCCUAUUUCUGUGCCCUCUCCAUCAGCAUUCGCCCCCUUGCACGCAUUCCUGUACACACAUUCCGUGUCCAACUUGCUCUCUGCGCUACUCCCCGCCAUCCCCUCCAGCUUCCUGUCCACUCUGACUUCCCACCAGGCGCUCCGUGGAACGCUCGCCUCUGGACCGGCACUCCAUAGCCUGUCCGCGCACCUCAUGUCCUCCGCUCCUGGCCUCGGCGCCCUCACCGGAGUUGCACAAAAGAUCGCCGCUGUUUGGCGCAACGCGGUCGCUCUAGGUGUCCAUGAUCCUGAACUCUGGGACUGCCUUGAUCUCGCAUGGGAAGUCGUCAUCGGUGCGAUGAAUCUCGGCGCAGGUGCCCAUUAG